UCGUUAGAUCGCUGGCAAUGAGCCGUGCACUUUCAUCCGAAGUGCUUAGCUCUCGGCUCACCAGGACCACACCUAUACGGUUGCAGUUCGCAGGCAACGAGGCCACUGUGCUAGUCACUCACUCACAUGGCUUGGCGCCUCGCUACCGGCCGCUGGUCUGUCUGCGUGAGCUGCUGGCGGCAUCGCUCCAAAGUCUGCUGCCACCCACCGAGGAUCAGCCAACAGAAAACACCUCUUCUCAUCCCGCCGUCCGCGCGUGUGCGUGCUCUGCUCGCACGCAUGACAUGCCUGCUCGUGCGGGCUGUCGCAUGCGCUGCCCCCGCCCCCGCCGGACAUAAAACCACCGGCCACGGUCGCCCGCAGCCCAAGAUAAGGGUGACGCGUGGCGUGAGAAGCAAGGUGUCUGCUGCCAGGGCCGGAAUGGACGGCGGUACGUCGGCGGCGCCGCCUGAGCCGGCCAUCGCGCCGGACGCCGUCAUCAACCUCGAGUUCGGCGACCCGACCAUGUACGAGGCGUUCUGGAGGGAGGUCGGGGAGCGGGCGGCGGUGGCGAUCCCGGGGUGGUCGGGGAUGAGCUACUUCUCCAAUGCCCAGAGCCUCUGCUGGUUCCUCGACCCGGAGUUCGAGCGCGAGGUCCGCCGCGUCCACCGCCUCGUCGGCAACGCCGCCGUCGACGACGGCUACCACCUCGUGGUCGGCACCGGCGCCACCCAGCUCUUCCAGGCGGCCAUGUACGCCCUGUCUCCCGCCGGCGCCCAAUGGCCCGUCGGCGUCGUCUCGCCGGCGCCCUACUACUCGUCGUACCCGCCGCAGACGGACCUGCUGCUCUCGGGGUUCUACCGGUGGGCCGGCGACGCCAACGCGUUCGACGGCGACGGCCACAUCGAGCUGGUCUGCUCGCCCAACAACCCGGACGGCGCCAUCCGCGAGGCCGUCCUGAGCUCCGAGUCCGGCAAGGCGAUCCACGACCUGGUAUACUACUGGCCUCAGUACACGCCCAUCACCGGCGCCGCCGCCCACGACAUCAUGCUCUUCACCAUGUCCAAGGUCACCGGCCACGCCGGCGCCAGGCUCGGGUGGGCGCUCGUCAAGGACCGCGGCGUGGCCAAGAAGAUGGUCUACUUCGUGGACCGGAGCACCAUCGGCGUGUCCCAGGACUCGCAGCUCCGCGCCGCCAAGAUCCUCGCCGUCGUCUCCGACGCCUACGGACCCGACGAGGAGGACGACACGCGGCUCCGGCUCUUCGACUUCGCGCGCCGUCGCAUGGAGGAGCGCUGGCGGGCCCUGCGCGCCGCCGUGGCGGCCACCGGCGCCUUCAGCCUCCCGGAGGAGACCGCCGGCCACUGCAACUUCAGCAGGCAAACCGUGGCAGCUUACCCCGCGUUCGCGUGGCUGCGCUGCGAGAAGGAUGGCGUGGAGGACUGCGCCGAGUUCCUCCGCGGCCACGGCAUCGUGGCGCGGGGAGGGGAGCAGUUCGGGGGAGACGCCAGGUGCGUCAGGGUCAACAUGCUGGACAGGGACGGUGUGUUCGACGUGCUCAUAGACCGCCUCUUCUCCAUAACAUGAUUACCAUGAGGAUGCAAAGCCAGAGCUAUCAUGCGAACAGAAUGCUUCGGAUUAAUUCGGAGAACGAAACGAAAACGAAUGGAGUGGAUUUCGAUGGUCUCACCCGCUUAUAAUCUCUCUGUAUAUGGAACGACUGGUGCGAGUUUUGAAGUUUAAAAUUUUCCUUGAGGCUUAACUCCCUAAAAAUGUUUUGCUACUCCCU